AUGUUUGAACUUCGUGGAAAAUAUUUGCACUGGGCUGUCACAGCGGCGAGCUGUCAGGCCUUCCUCCUGCUUGGUUAUGAUCAGGGAGUCAUGAGUGGACUGAUUGGGGCCAACAAUCAAUUUGGACAACAAUUUGGGCAUCCUGACGCUACUAUGCAGGGAAUCUUGACCUCCAUCUAUGAUAUUGGUUGUGCCGUCGGAUGUCUGUUGAGUUUUGUCGUCGGCCAUAAGGUCGGUCGGAAGAAGAUGAUUAUGGCGGGAGGGACAAUCAUGGUCAUCGGUACGAUCAUUCUCGCUUCAUCCUAUACCCGGGCACAAUUUCUGGUAGGGCGAAUCGUCACGGGCUUUGGCAAUGGCAUCAACAGCAGUACAGUUCCUACAUACCAAAGUGAGAUGGCCCGACCCGAGCGCCGUGGUAGACUUCUAUCAGCCCAAGGAACCGUUACAAUCAUGGGAUUAUGUAUCGCAUACUGGCUCGACUACGGCCUCAGCUUCGUGGACUCCCCCGUUCAAUGGCGUUUCCCAAUCAGCUUCCAGGCAUUCUUCGCCGUCUGUCUUGUUCUGCAAAUGAUACCACUUCCUGAUACACCUCGCUGGCUCUGUGAACAAGAUCGCAGCGAUGAGGCCGGUCGCAUUCUCGCUCAUCUGCAGCUUGAGCAGCCUGCCGAUGAAUCGACUCCUGAGGUGAUUCAGCUUCGUCGCCAGAUCGAAUCUGCUAUUGAGAUUGAGUCGGCAGGUGGUCCGUUCCAGUACAAAGAGCUUCUGGCUGGUGGCAAGGUCCAGAACCUGCGUCGCAUGAUCCUGGCUGGUCUGGUCAAUGUCCAACAACAGUUCACAGGCUCCAACAUGAUUAAUUACUAUGCGCCUACGGUCUAUGAGAACGCCAUGGGGCUUUCUCGAAACCUGGCAUUGAUUCUUGGUGGCUGCACUUCCCUUGCAUAUUUAGUUGGUUCGAUCAUUCCUCUAUGGAGUAUGGAUGUGCUCGGUCGACGACCGUCCCUUAUGAUCUCCGCCGCUGGCCUUUGUGUGUGUUUUGUCUUGGUCGCUGGUCUGCUUUCAGUCGGUAGCACAGAUUGUGCAUAUGCUGCAACUGUCUUCGUGUUCAUCUUCCAAAUCUUUUUGGGUAUUGGAUAUUUGCCUGUGCCAUGGUUCUAUCCUAGUGAGAUUACCACUACACGCAUUCGUGCUCGUGGGCAGGCAUUUGGCGGCUUCGUCAACUGGAUUUGUGUUUUCAUUGUUGUCCAAGUGACACCGACCGCCAUUGAUAAUAUCUCAUGGAGAACAUUCAUCAUCUUUGCCUGCUUCUGCUUUGCAUGGAUUCCAAUGGUGUAUUUCUUCUUCCCCGAGACCAAGGGACUCGAGCUGGAAGAUAUAGACCAUCUAUUUGAAAAGGGCGGUCUUACUGGAGGUGUCUUCGAGUCUCGUGGUCGGCCUGUCCAGCCUGGAUAUCACCGCACUGUUAACACGGAGAGAAUCGAGAAGCCUAUCGAUGAGCAACAUGAGAACGUUGGCGUGUAG